GCGGACGCUGGACGGACGUUGGGAGGGGGAGGGGGUCGCCGGAUGCCUUGGACCAGUGACUAAUGACUAGUAGAGUCCGACUGACUGACGAACGGGGGGAGGAUUUUAGGUUUGUUGAGAUUCAUUCAGAGGCUGGAGAAGUAAAGGCGAGCAGAGACCUGUCGGACCUGACAGGCGUGGUGGUGCCGAGGAGAUCGUGCCUUGCGCUGGGAUGAUCUUUGUUCUGUUAGUCCGGGUUGAGUGCGGCUGUGGAUCAUCAUCUUGGAGCCAUGCGAACUGGAACUGGAACUGGAGCAGGAACUGCAACAGCAGCAGCCCCGUAGCAGGAGGGCGUUCGGGCUGAAGCUGAAGGCGUUGCACGGGGCUCAUUCCUCUUCGUCUUUCUAUCGCUGUAGCAGCAGGAGCAGCGUGGGCAUCACGCCCUUGGCUUGUAUAUAUCCCGAGCGUCGAGGUGCCCCGGGGAGUGGAAGCGGAGGGGAGCGAGUGUAUUUUGGUGCCACAGUGCGAGGAUAUCUAUGUUCCUGAUUAGGCUGCGUGUUUUCUCAGGCUUAUCGGCAUGUACUCUUGUUUCUGCGAGUCAGUCGCCCCUCCGUUGUCGUAGGUUCGUUGCGGAAUGUCGUCCGUGCACCCAUACGGGUAGACGAGCCUGAAAUUUUGCCAAAUCGGGUUGCUGUUGUACAUCAGGCCAGCAAUUUUUGGUGAUCAUCCUGAGCGCGGGAACUUGAGGUCCGAGGUCGUUCACUUUGUUGGUUCGCCUUCUGCGGUUUGACCGAUGGCGGAUUUGGGCGGGCUCACGCGAUUUUCUUCGCAGGAGUCUCCCUACUCGUCUCUCUGAAGCGGCCAUUUGGAUUUUUUUCCGCAUCUGAAUGCUUGCCAACGUAUCGCCUUCUUGCGUUGCUUAUGUUGAUUGAUCUCAUAACUACAUCAGAGUUCGCGCGAGAUGGUUUGUCCUGGAAGAAGGCCUGAAGACGUAGGAUCUAGCGAUUUUCAAGGACAUGAAUUACGGGCCAAGGUUACCCAUAAUGCCAUUGCAGCUGUGAGCCACUCAACGCAAGACAAUCCCGAAUGUCCUGCCGUAACACGGGAUACUGGAUCGAAGAUUCCUAAACGUCAAGCAGAUGAAGUUCGUUCUUCGGGAGGAAAGGAUUCAAGUUUAGCAGAGAGGAGCAACUCAGAUUGUCAGCGUUCCAGGAGACACAAAGUUGCUGAAGUGGCAUGCAGCUUCAAUUAUAAGAAUGCGUUCAGUAGAGUGGACACAUUUCAGACUAGCGCCUCGACCUCGCCUGCGUCAACUGCUCCUUUGACUGUGGUUACUUCGUCGCCCUUGUCAUCGUCUGGCGUUUCCAGUUCAGUCGUGUUUCUCUCUCGUACUGAAGCCGAGCCGUCAGGUGCCUGUUCAGGGAGGUUCGAUUCCGACAAUUCGAUUAGAAAUAAUGCAGAAAGAUGCCAAUCUUCUGCCCUUGGAAGAGCAGGCAGCACAGGCAGUAUAGAUGUGGUUAGCAGAUCCGGUUUGGCCUGUCAAAUCAGGCCGAACAGCGUUCCGAAUUCGACGCUCUUAGGAAGACUGUCUCUGGAAGGACGAUCGACUUUGGAGCACCCUACACAGGACCCUAGCUUCGUACCAUCUCAAGAGUCCCUCAGAGAUUCCAGUGGUGAGUCUGUUAGAGAAUCAUCAGAGGACUUGAGUAGGGAGUCUGGCGCACUGCGAUGGGUUCAGGCUUUAGAGUUUCAAGGUACAGGAGCUUGCCGGGCUGACGAGCGUCUGCGGCCUCUGCUUCGGUGGAAUGUUUCUUGCGUAGGGCCUGAUGGCAGGUUGUUGGUCCAAUUGGGGCAGCACUUCAAAGCCAAAGAGUUGAAUAUGCUCGCACGAUGUCUAUGUGCCCCUCUUGUACACAUACGAGUGGGUAAUGUAUCACGCCAAGGGCGUCUCCUGCGACCCACUCCGUCAAGGGGUUUCCUGAGCUUGACGAUGGUACCUGGCUCAGUCAUGCGGCUUUCCUUCAUUCCUGAUACUGGAUUUCCGGAGGUGCUUGCCGUGAUGAGUUCUGGGUCUGAGAAUCCAUCUUUUUCUUUGGACAUGCUUCCGGCUGAUAUGUCAGGCAGAACCUUUCAGUUGAAGCUGGCAGAUAGCAAAGUGCUGUAUUUCUGGCAAUCGGAGAAGUUGAAGUCUACUGGAGACGAACUUCUGUCAAAAAUGAAGGACAUACUGAGCCGAAGGCCUACGAUUUCUCAGCUCACUGGUAUCGAUGAAGCCCGUUUAGAUUCCUUUGCAAGUUAUAUUUGCUCAGCUCUUACUGUAUCAUCUUCAACCGAGGCAUCACCAUCACCUCCAUUAGUUUCUUCAAUCGAAAAUUUGCACAGCUCGAUGGGAAGUACGUCUGAGGCAUCCACCAAACAGACAAGCUUCCAAGAGGCGGGUUCAUUCAAUGGAGAAACGCAGGCGGUGUCCUUACCUACUGCUUUUGCGGAUUCGAGUGCAGAAGACGAGGAAGAUCUACCACCACCUCUAGAAGACAUAUCUGAAGGACUGACCCACAGAGGAGUAAUGUUAGAGAAUUUAGAGGCAUUUUCAAUCCGACACAGAUCCUCGUCAACUUCAUGGUCGGAAAGUUCAGAAAGACGGUCUGUGACGUCGAGGAGCAGUGGUGUGAGGUCCUUAUGCUCGUCUGCAAGUUUUAGUGGAGCCAAAGAUUGCCGUCUGUCAAACACGCAUGACCAGCCAGUGUUGCUAGCCAGUUCAUGGAGCACACGAACGUCACUGUCGAAUUCCAGUCCCCAGAAACAAGAAACGUCAAGCCUGAGUGCAGGUUUGUAUACAUCUUUAGAUUCGGAUUUGCGUGGACCUGGGCACGAUAGGUUCGAGAAGCAAAAUAGAAUCAAACCUAUAGCUUUCCAAGGUAUACCAGACUUCUCGCUUUGUAGUUCAUUACCGUCACUCGGAGGAGAGUCUGCGUCCCUUGCUCGCACUGGCUCACCUCCAGCCUCUUCUCACGUGCCUAUCUCACCGGCAUCUCUUCUAUCUCCCUAUUAUUGCCCAUGCCCUCUUGGUACAUAUUCUCCUCCUUACGUUCCAUCCACAUCCGAAGGGGGCCUCAUAUCGCCAUCUGCACCUUUCUUUUCUCUAAGACCUCCACCUUCUCUUUUCCCUCCUGGAUCCUUGAGCUUUCAUGAAUUCAGUUUAUGUCCAGUUCAGUUACCGGUGUCGACUUUGGUGACCGCAGCAAUUCCGAUUCACUCGUCUGGGAUUUCCCCCUUUUGCACUCAGCCAGUAAGCUCGAUUCCCACUUUGCACAAGCCAGCUCCAUACAUGGUCAGGACCUCUGCAGUGUCGGGAUACAGCAAUACGUCCGCAGAAGGUCUGGAAAAGUCCUUUUACUCUUGUUUGAGAGCAAGACAAGCGAUGCAUGAUGAAAGCUGCUCUGUUAACUUGUCCACUAGCUCAUGCCCAGGGCCUUCCGCAUGGCCAGCACCCAAUAAAAUCGAAGCAUUCAUGCCUGUAUUUGACCCCUCUCUUUCGCUCAAUGCUUCUGCACCUUGUACAAAUACUUCAACCGAAAAUUCCACGCAGACUAGGAGGCCUUUUCUAGAUAGGAAUGUACACGGAACUCCAGGUCCUUAUGGGAGUUGUGAUUAUGGACUCAACACACACACCCAUAGGGUGUCAACAUUUAGGGAUAUGAACCAAAUGACUCCCUUUGAACUAGGUUUCCGUUACACGUCUCGACUUGAAAAGGAGAACUAUGAGGCGUCUACACUCGGGAUGGUUGAUCAAAUAUCAUCAAUCGGUGAUAUCAAGUUUGAGCAGACGAGCUUAUUUUCAAACAUGGCCCUUCGGAAGUCGAGUCGCAUCGGUGGACAAAUUCUUCAUUCGCCUGAAAGCUCAGCUAGAGGAGAAUCUCGCACAGGAGAGUCACACCCCAGUUUUCGUUCUGAAAGUGCUGAAGAUUUAUCGCAUGUCGAUGUUAAGGAUAUGGCAGCUAAGAAAUCAAAACACACUGACGAGACAUAAAGAUGGAGGAGGAAAAACUUCCCAUAGCUUUCUACUCAUGCUUUCGCCUUCCUAGUUAGCAGAUGUUGUGCUAGCUUUUGCUUGGCGUUCAAUUCGUACCGUCGUUGCAGGAUAUGUUGUUGUACCAUAGCAAGUAAAACUAGAAAAAUGCCAACUUGUAGGAUUAUGUUUAUUCAACAUUCUUUUAAAGAGAUUCAGUUGAACAUGAUAUAUAUCAAUGUCAUUGUCUUAUGUCCCCUCAUUCUUUAGUCAACUUACACGAUAUCGUAUUGAAUGUCUGUCUUGCUCACAUUUUCUUGCCUUGGCAGGCUGAUUACAAAUUUGAGCAGUAAACGUCCUUGUAAGAAUUUGGAGUAACUUGAACCCAUCAGUGAGAUAUGGAGGCGGGCUUAAUGUCUCCUAAUUUCUCAGUUCGAAUUAUUUCCUUCUGUUCUGUUUUACUAUCUACUGCCAAGUCUGUCUAUUGUGAAUACGAAGCAGAUAGUUUGUAGCUGUAAUUGAAUGAAAAUAAGCUCAUGAAUAUUAGGCGUCUUUUCUCUCAAAUAAGAAUCUUAGAGAAGAAAUCAGUCAACUCGAACUUGCUAGAGAUUACCGUGGUCUUUUGAGAUGUGUGUCUUUUUAGGCGGAAGACUCAGGGGAAGGAUGGAAGAUUUUGGGGACCAGUUGGUCAGAUGCUAUCACGUCACGUUGACGAAGAGUCGGGUCAGAAGUUCCUUCAAGGGUCAUGCAACUCCUUGUAAUAGAUUUGUCUCGUUUUAUUAAGUGUAGCGAUGUCUUCAAAUUAUUAUCCCUUUCCUUGAAGUCAACAAGCUGAUAGAUUCUGUUUUGAAACCUAAGCACACUUUCCUAAGAGUUUUUACGAUGUUGAGAACGAGGUAUCGGAGAGACUAAUGUGGGGUGUCUUAUUUAUUUCUGGACUUCGCACCAAGGAAGCUUUUUUGGGAAUGAGAUGGUGAGGGUCUCAACUUGAAGUCGAAGUAACAGAGGAAUAAAAAAGUCGGCAUAGAUGUCAAUAGGCUGGAAUAGUUGUCAAAUUGAAGAAGUGAUGUAAAGCAAGGCGAUCGAUUACGUCGAUGUACAUUCGACCAAGAGAUAUCAUCCGAACUGCCGAGGGGCAGAGAGCGUUCUUUGUGUAUAGGUCGGAAGGAUUCUUUACCAAGCACUCUACAUUGUCUAGUUUGUUUUUACCCUGCUGUUGUCGGUGGUCAGGUCUAGAUUUAUCAGAAAAGGGCCAAAGGUUUGUUUGAGCUGUAAAUAAAUUUGCCGAAUGGUGGCUGCUCACCUAUCAUGUAUCAUGAAUUGGUUGUCCUACCACUUCGAAUGUUUGCUUUGUUGGCAUCAGGC